AAUAACAGUUACGCCAACGAUAACUAUUAUUAUUAUUAUUAUUAUUAUUAUUAUUAUUAAUCUCCGACACCUUUUCUCGCUCACUCAGCCUCUCGCACACUCACUCAUUCUCUCUCCGUCAUACACACACGCGCACACACAACAUACACACAUGCACACGCUCUCCCACUCUUUCUCUCUCUCGCUCACUCCAUCUCUCUCUACCGUUUUUUUUCUUUCUCUUUUUUCCCCGUUCGUUUCGCGUUAACACCGUGUCGUACACGUUAUAUUGUUAUUAUAAUUUAUAAUAAUAAUAAUAAUAAUAACAUUAACAGUAUAUCGUGUUUGUGUUCGCGGUUUAAACUCUAUUCUCUUUCGGCCGUGUACUCACUCGUCGUGUACUCGCGCGCCGUGGGCACAAGUGUUCGAACGAGUGAAGGACACUUUCUUUACCGGGCCCGUUCCGUCAACCGGACACGACGAACGCCGCGUGCACACUGCGAUCAUCGUCCCGGCGUAACUAUAUGGUGUUUUCGGACCAAAUUAACCGCACGGACGUACACAGGACACCACGCGAGGUGAAGAAACAAAUGUUUAAAUGGAAGCAUCUUCAAUUAUCACCCAAGUGUCGCGCGAAGAUGAACACCUAAAGAGUUUCGUGCCGGACAAGGGUAAUCAUGUACGGAUGAAAAAUGAACGAGGUUUAUGGCAAACAUUAUUAUGCUGUUUUGGAAAAUCAAGAACUAGACCAAAUAGUUCUAGUUUUGCCCCAAGCAAUAGUAUUCGUGGAGUAAAUGCUAAGCCUGAAAGAAGUUUUACUCCACCUCUUCUUAGCCCAGAUCCUACACAAUCGUCUUACUUACUUCCUGCAAUAAGACACCAAGACAUGCAUAAAAAAUGUAUGGUUAUUGAUCUUGAUGAAACGCUUGUACACAGCUCUUUUAAGGCAAUUAAUAAUGCAGAUUUUGUAGUACCUGUUGAAAUAGAUGGUACUGUCCAUCAAGUAUAUGUUUUAAAGAGGCCACAUGUUGAUGAAUUUCUUCAACGUAUGGGGGAACUUUAUGAAUGUGUAUUAUUUACUGCCAGUCUUGCCAAGUAUGCUGAUCCGGUUGCCGAUUUAUUGGAUAAAUGGGGUGUAUUCCGUGCCCGUUUAUUCCGUGAAUCAUGUGUAUUUUAUAGAGGAAAUUAUGUAAAAGACUUGAAUAAGUUAGGUCGUGCAUUACAUAAAGUUGUAAUUAUUGAUAAUUCACCUGCAUCAUAUAUUUUCCAUCCAGAUAAUGCUGUUCCUGUUAAUUCAUGGUUUGAUGAUAUGACUGAUAAAGAAUUGUUGCAUUUAAUUCCAAUUUUUGAAAAACUUAGCAAAAUGGAAAACGUUUACCCAGUUAUUUGCAACAUUAAUGCAUCUAAUAUGGCAUCUCAAUCUCAACAAAUCAGCAGUGACAAUGUUUUAUAGCAUCAAUUUUUAAGUACAAUUUAUUUGUGCCAAUGGUAAAUU